AUCCUCAAGUAAUCGAAGACUUAUUCAGCCAAUAUCUAGUGAUAGUGGAGCUUGAAGACGAAGUCAGUGUUAUGCAGAUUGAGUACUUCCGGUGAGCUGUCGUGUUUGUGUAUAGGAAUUGGUUUUCGCGAUUGCAAGAGCUAUGCGUGCGUUUAAACGUAAUCGAGAUCAGGGAAAGAGAAAGAGGGACAAAUCUCGGCUCGCGGCGAAUGAUUGCGGGCUAUACAUUGAUUUCGGGGACAAACGAUCCCGAUGUUAGUGAAGACGGGGAAUUUUUUACUGUGCGUUCGUGACCCAUUACAGUAAUAAGUGAGCGCGUCGACUUAUACGAGUGACUUGUGGCAUUGUGGGAUUAACUAGUCGUGUGUACCGAUUUCGGUCCCGAGUGAACGAUCGUUCGAGUGACAUACUGUCGAAAUUUCAUGGUGAAGAUCGGACGUUCGGAGUUAAUAAUUCAUCCGUUGAGAACGUGAUCCAAAAGGAGGUGCCGACGAUCGUGUGAAAGCUACGUUGGCGAUCGGCUAGAUAAGAGAGAGAGAGAGAGAGAGAGAGAGAGAGAGAGAGAGAGAGAGAGAGGAAAGAGAGCAGUAGAGUCAUAAUGCGCCGUUGUUACGGCUAGCGCCGGCCUCAUCAUUCCGCGAAGCGCGAGCUUCAAGUAUUUCGACGGCGUCGGGCUCGCCGAGAUGAGCGGUGGCAACGGCGGCGGCGGAAACGGUGGCGGUAAUCAAGGCGGUAAUGGCAACGCCACGACUUAUCACCAGCACCAACAGCAGCAACAGCAACAGCAGCAGCAACAACAACAGCAACAACAACAGCAAUCGCUGGAGCAGGCAGGCCUGCUGUCAGAUCUCAAUGGCAUCGACCUGGCGAUGAGCCUGUCGCCCAAACAGCACUCGUCCCACGUGCAAGCUGCUGGUGCCCACACUACGCCUUUCAGCGUAACCGAUAUCUUGUCGCCGAUUGAGGAGUCUUAUCGGAAGCUCGAACUCGCCGCUGCCGCCGCCGCCGUCGGUGUUGGUGUCGGCGUCGUAACGCAUUCCCAGGGAUCGCCUUACGGGAACGCAUGCGGUGCACGGGUGGGUGGUAACACCGGUAGCUCGAGCGCAAGCAGCGGCAGCCCGCCGCUGCACGGUGGUUCGACGCCCGGCGGCAGCACCCCCGGACCAGUUUCCGUUGCCAACGGGGCCGCCCCCGGUGGCGGUGGCGCCGGCAGUGCCGGCGGUGCCGGCGGAGGCAUGAGUGCCAUGGGUAAUCCUUACGCAACUAUGCAGCUCACGUCGCAAUAUCAAUAUUGCGCCGCGGAAUUAUCGCCGUAUCAUCACGCCGGACCCGGCGUGGGCGCCACGGCUACAGCCACGGACCCCAUGAGGUCCCACGCGGUCUCCUCGCAUCAUCACCCGUGGUACGCACCGGCGCCACCGGCCACCAAUGACCCGCGCUUUGCCAUCUCGCGACUGAUGGGCGCCGCGGCGGCGGGCGCCGGGACCAACAUGGCCGGCUGCUCGGUGGGCCAGUCGAUGGGCGACGUGACCAAGUCGUCGGGAAUGGGGGUGGGCGUCGGCGUCGGAGUCGGCGUCGGCAUGGGCGUCGGCGCGAUGCAAUUCCCUCUCGCGCAGAGACGGAAGAGACGCGUACUCUUCACCCAGGCCCAGGUCUACGAGCUCGAAAGGCGAUUCAAGCAGCAAAAGUACCUCAGCGCGCCCGAACGGGAGCAUCUGGCGUCCUUAAUUCAUCUAACUCCCACGCAGGUGAAGAUAUGGUUCCAAAAUCAUCGGUAUAAAUGUAAGAGGCAAGCGAAAGAAAAAGCCAUGGCCGAGCAAAACGCCCAAAAUCAGAGUGCGAGCUCGCCGCGGCGGGUGGCGGUACCGGUGCUGGUGAAGGACGGGAAGCCGUGCGGGAGCGGCGGCGGCGGCGGCGGGAACGAGGGUAGCCGCGGUGGGCCCAGCGCGGCCCUGGCGAGUCCGGCGCCGCACAUGACGGCGGCCUCGAGUCCUCAUGGCACCCAUCACGCGGCGACUUCCUCGGUGUCCCAUCACUCGGUCGUCGCUGGCGUCAGCCACGUCAUGAGCUCGAGUCAGAGCCUGCAGCACUGCUCGUACACGCGGUCCAGCGCGCAGCAGGGCAUGCAGCAGCAACAGCAGCCGCAGUGCGGCGCGUAUCUACCAUUGCAGGGCCGAGCUUGGUAGUGCGCGCCAUCCGCGGCGGGGGCCGCGGCCUACGCCAAUCCCUCCGUCGCAGGCCCAUGGGCCCUCGCCGCGGAUCCAGCUGCCUGGUACGCCAUACCCGACGACAGUCCUUAAGACUCUUAAGAGUGGGAGGGAAAUGUGUGUGGAUACGCGGAUCUGCUCUGCUGUCGUUUCAUCGAAUCGUCAUUCGUGAUUCACGACGCG